CCUACCUUGGGACACCUUGAUUCCAAGCCCAGCAGUAAGUCGAACAUGCUGCGGGGCCGCAACUCAGCCACCUCUGCUGAUGAGCAGCCCCAUAUCGGCAACUACCGGCUCCUCAAGACCAUUGGCAAGGGUAACUUCGCCAAGGUGAAGUUGGCCAGGCACAUCCUGACUGGGAAAGAGGUAGCUGUGAAGAUCAUUGACAAGACUCAACUGAACUCUUCCAGCCUCCAGAAACUAUUCCGUGAAGUAAGAAUAAUGAAGGUUUUGAAUCAUCCCAACAUAGUUAAGUUAUUUGAGGUGAUUGAGACUGAGAAGACGCUCUACCUUGUCAUGGAAUACGCCAGUGGUGGAGAAGUGUUUGAUUACCUAGUGGCUCAUGGCAGGAUGAAAGAAAAAGAAGCUCGAGCGAAAUUCCGCCAGAUAGUGUCCGCUGUCCAGUACUGUCACCAGAAAUUCAUUGUUCAUAGAGACCUAAAGGCAGAAAACCUGCUCUUGGAUGCUGAUAUGAACAUCAAGAUUGCGGACUUUGGCUUCAGCAAUGAAUUUACCUUUGGGAACAAGCUGGAUACCUUCUGUGGCAGUCCCCCUUAUGCUGCCCCAGAACUGUUCCAGGGCAAAAAGUAUGAUGGCCCUGAGGUGGAUGUGUGGAGCCUGGGAGUCAUCCUCUACACCCUGGUCAGCGGAUCCUUGCCUUUUGAUGGACAGAACCUCAAGGAACUACGGGAGCGGGUACUGAGGGGAAAAUACCGUAUUCCGUUCUACAUGUCCACGGACUGUGAAAACCUGCUUAAGAAAUUUCUCAUUCUUAAUCCCAGCAAGAGAGGCACUUUAGAGCAAAUUAUGAAAGACCGGUGGAUGAAUGUGGGGCAUGAAGAUGAUGAACUAAAGCCUUAUGUGGAGCCGCUCCCUGACUAUAAGGAUCCCCGGCGGACAGAAUUGAUGGUGUCCAUGGGCUACACGCGGGAAGAGAUCCAGGACUCACUGGUGGGCCAAAGGUACAACGAGGUGAUGGCCACCUAUCUGCUCCUGGGCUACAAGAGUUCUGAGCUGGAAGGUGACACCAUCACCUUGAAGCCCCGGCCUUCAGCUGACUUGACCAAUAGCAGUGCCCCAUCCCCAUCCCACAAAGUACAGCGCAGUGUCUCAGCCAACCCCAAGCAGCGACGCUUCAGCGACCAGGCUGGCCCAGCCAUUCCCACCUCUAAUUCGUACUCUAAGAAGACUCAGAGUAACAACACAGAAAAUAAACGGCCUGAGGAGGACCGGGAGGCAGGGCGGAAGGCCAGCAGCACUGCCAAAGUGCCUGCCAGCCCCCUGCCCGGCCUGGAGAGGAAGAAGACCACUCCUACCCCCUCCACGAAUAGUGUCCUCUCCACCAGCACAAACAGAAGCAGGAACUCCCCACUUUUGGAGAGGACCAGCCUUGGCCAGGCCUCCAUCCAGAACGGCAAAGACAGCCUAACCAUGCCAGGGUCCCGGGCCUCCACGGCUUCUGCUUCUGCCGCAGUCUCUGCGGCCCGGCCCCGCCAGCACCAGAAAUCCAUGUCGGCCUCCGUGCACCCCAACAAGUCCUCUGGGCUGCCCCCCACGGAGAGUAACUGUGAGGUGCCGCGGCCCAGCACAGCCCCCCAGCGUGUCCCUGUCGCCUCCCCCUCUGCACACAACAUCAGCAGCAGUGGUGGAGCCCCAGACCGAACUAAUUUCCCCCGGGGUGUGUCCAGUCGAAGCACCUUCCAUGCUGGGCAGCUCCGACAGGUGCGGGACCAGCAGAAUUUGCCCUACGGUGUGACCCCAGCCUCUCCCUCUGGCCACAGCCAGGGCCGGCGGGGCGCCUCUGGGAGCAUCUUCAGCAAGUUCACCUCCAAGUUUGUGCGCAGACCUCACGUGGUGGGCAGUGGAGGCAAUGACAAAGAAAAAGAAGAAUUUCGGGAGGCCAAGCCACGCUCACUGCGCUUUACAUGGAGUAUGAAGACUACAAGCUCCAUGGAGCCCAAUGAGAUGAUGCGGGAGAUCCGCAAGGUGCUGGAUGCGAACAGCUGUCAGAGUGAGCUGCAUGAGAAGUACAUGCUGCUGUGCAUGCACGGCACGCCAGGCCACGAGAACUUCGUGCAGUGGGAGAUGGAGGUGUGCAAACUGCCACGGCUCUCACUCAACGGUGUUCGGUUUAAGCGGAUAUCGGGCACCUCCAUGGCCUUCAAAAACAUUGCCUCCAAAAUAGCCAAUGAACUGAAGCUUUAACAGGCUGCCCGGAGCGGGGGCGGCAGAGGCAGCCCAGCUGGACUUGGCUGCUGGGGCUGGCCGCUGCACCCCACCUAGGCGAGACUGCAACAAUGAAUUGGUGUGUCUCCCCUGCUGGCACUUGUCCCCUCCCUGGUCCUUCUCCGUUUUUCUUCCAUGUUUGUGGAGGACAGGAGAUGGCUCUCCUCCACCUCAUAUUCACCCUGGCCCAGAAAGUCCCCCUUCCCCUCUCUCUCCUGCAGGAGGCAAAGGAAGGGGAGGGGGCAAGGGGGUGCAGGGCUCCCCCUUGGUACUGCGGUUGCACAGAGUAUUUCGCCUAAACCAAGAAAUUUUUUAUUACCAAAAAGAAAAAAGAAAAAAAAAAAUCCCAGCGGCCACUUUUCCUCCCUGCCCCAUUGGGACAGACGGGACUGGAUCUGUGGGGUUUCCCGGGAGGGUGGCUCAGGGCUGGAACACUCUCAGGCAAGAGUGGUGGAGUUCCCUGGCAGGCCCUCCGCCAGGCCCACUUUGGGCUUCUCCCCUCUCCUCCCCUUCUUCCCCUCCAAGCAAACCACCAGAGGUGGCCUUCCCCUGCCCCCAGGUCCCUGGGCUGCGGGCCUGGGGGCCAGGGGCCAGGCGGGGGUGCUGCACAGCCCUGGAGAGGGUGGGGCUGCCGUGGGGGCCCUGGCCUCCCUCACACUGUAUCCUCUGCCCUUCCUUCCCCAGAGCUGGGCAUUUCCUUCCACAAGCUGCUGUGGGGACAUUUAUUCCCCUCCUCAAAAGUCUGUGCCAUCUUCUCCUGUCCCUCCUGCUAGGAGGGCUGACCCAGGGCUGAGAGAGAGGGAGGGGACUGCAGGGCAGAUGGGCUCCUCAGGCCCCCACAGGCCACUCAGGCCCCCGAGCUUCUCUGAACAGGAUGCCGGGCUUCUCCGUUCUGGGAGAGCCUUUUUCUGAAAGCACAGUCCCCUCGACGUCCCUCCUCCCCACUGCUUCCCCUUCAUUGGCAUUAAUCUGGGCACCAGCUCGUUACAUAGUGACUUCCCAUACCACUCUCAUCUCUCGGCCUUGCCUUUUUUUCCUGACACUGUCGCCCCUCCUCUCAGGAGACUGCCCAGGGCCUCCAAGGCCACCUGGCGGAAGGCUGGAUUGGGCGGCAGGGCUGGGAGCAUCUGCCCCCCGUGGGGGGGGAACAGAUGGGUGAAGUGACUCCCCGCUUGCUAACCUCUGCGGCCAGUGUGGGAGUGGGUGGCUAUGGGCGCUUGGCUGGUGGCGGCCACUGCAUCCCUUAAUUUAUUUCUCUGCUGUUUCAGUUCUUGAGAAAUUGAGGGAGGGGGACCUACAGAGGCUGCCCCUGCCCUCACUUGAGUUGUACAUUUUUUUGUGAUGGGUUUUAUUUUUUAUUAUUUUAUUAUUUUUUUGAUUUAUGAUGACUCCACCCCUGUUCAUCACCCCCAGUCCCAGGCCAGGCUCAGUGACAAGUCAAGCCCUUGGGUACCAGGAAGGGGCCUCGCCAGCCUCACCCCUCUGGUUCCCUGCUCCCAACUGUGGCUCCGGCUCAGACCAAGGGCUCCCCCCUCCCUCCCUCCUCCCCCCUGCCCUAUGGAACAGCCUGGGUGCUCUGAGGGGACCAGGAGGGCAUGGCUUGGCUCCUGAGGGGGUGGAGGCCAGGGGCACCCAGGCAAGGUGGCCCCUCCCCACCUAGCCCCUCCUUCCCUGCACUUAGUUUCUUCUCUGGAUCAAACACGUAAUAAAGAGAAUGUUUGGAAUCUGA